AUGUACAGAUACAUCUCAGAGUAAGGAUUCAAAACACCAGCUAUUAUCAACUCCCUUAAAAUAUUCGUCAGAGAUUUCAAGGAUGUCUCAUCAGUUUCAGCAACUAAAUUGAAUUCAGAGGAAAUUGCUUCAGCCCUUGAGAUUCAUUCCUUGUAAUGGCACCCAACAAAGGAUUCAUCCAAAAUCCAAAAGGAAUUCAAGUUCAAUUCAUUCAAAGAGACAUUCGCAUUCAUGGGAUCCAUUUCAAAGGUUGCUGAAGAGAUGCAUCACUAUCCCAAAUGGACACAAAAAGAGAAUGUUGUCAAUGUUGAGGUCUCCACCAGUGAUUGCUCAGGUGUUUCAGUGAAAGACAUCCUCUUGGCUUAUACAAUGGAUCAAUUGGCAUUGGAAAUCACAAAUACCUAAAUCAUAUCAGUUUGUGACAGUCCCAAAGUUGUUGAUUCUCAAAUACUAAACACUUGGAACUAAAACUUUUCGAAAACAGAAGAAAUUUUGCAAAACCUUUAAAAGAAUACUGCCCAACUUUGAUAUUAUAUCCGUAUUAUUUAAUUACCAUUACCAUAUUACGAGUUUAUCUUGUAAGAUACUUUACAAAAAUUAUUAUA